AUGGAUCAGUUCGAGAGGGCGUUAGUUAAUUAUUCUCCAAUUGCCGAUGGAACUAGUGAAAAUUACCAUCUGGUUGAACUUACUGUUAUUGCCAGGCCUUGGGGUCUGUUAUCAUCUCUAGAGUAUGUUGACAUAGAGAGGCCAUUGUACGGAGAAGCGUUGGAGAUGUCACUAGUGGGUUACUUACUCGAGCACUCACCAAACCUCAAGAAACUAUCAUUAAGCCUUCAUGAUUACCUAAAGAAACGAGAAUCUGUCCACAUGUUAACAUUAAGCUUGGAUGAUGAUGCCCCAAAGAAAGAAGAAUCUGACAUCUUCAGAGAACUCCUUAAAUUUCCGAGACUCUCCAGCUCAUGCCAAAUUGUUGUGUGA